CUCACACGUAUGCAUGCACGUAUAAAAACAUCCCCGCUGAUCUCUACAACGUGCUAAUAAGGUCUAAAUACACCCUGGCUUAGAUAGGCGACUAAAGGUAGGUACCUGUCUAGUAGAGGGAAACGAGAGGAAUUCUCUAUCUACUACGACGGCAGCAGAUUUCGAUACAUCCAUCUUCCAACCACACACUCCUUCUCCUGUUUGCUUCGAUGUUGCAGCUGAGCUUGCGAUGUCGAACGAAUAGGCAAAACUAGACGAUGCGCAAACCUGUGAAUUAUUCAUUCGGCGUUACUUGAAGUUGCGCGUACCUACCUAAGUUUUCCUACAAUUAUCGACGACAAUGGAUCUCAGCUUGAUAUCGAAAGUGGGCACGCAUACGAACACGUUAGCUCAAUCGAGUACCGGGCCAACUUAUCGCGAUGACUUCGCGUUAGCACGGCUGGGAAAGAGGCCUGUCCUCAAAAGAAACUUUGGGUUUAUGGCAAUUCUCGGAUUUAGCUGUACGGUGCUUAUUACUUGGGAGGGAUCAUUGAUCGGGUUCAUCUCAGGACUACAAAAUGGAGGUCCAUCUGGCAUUAUCUACAGCUUCCUCGUCGUCUGGGUGGGCACGCUCUCCGUAUUCGCGACACUUUCCGAAUUGGUCUCGAUGGCACCCAUUUCCGGCGGCCAGUAUCACUGGGUUUCCAUGCUGGCGCCCCCGUCGUCGCGAAAGUUCUUCGGAUACAUCACCGGUUGGUUGGAAUUAACCGGUUGGCAAUCUCUCGUGGCGUCCGGCGGGUACGUGACGGGCACUAUGAUCCAGGGCAUCAUCCUACUGACGCACCCGGACUACGCGGACAACAUGCAAAACUGGCAUGGCACUCUACUAUUCUGGGGCGUCGUGCUUCUGAGUUUUGGUAUCAACACUGCGGCUGGCUCUGUCCUUGCGAAGUUCGAGGGUCUCUUCCUUGUCGUCCACCUUCUCGGAUUCUUUGCUGUAAUGUUCCCGUUGGCAUUGUUGGGUGAACACUCCGAUUCAGUGUCCGUCUUUGACACAUUCCUGAACCCCGGAGGCUGGCAGACACAAGGACUGGCUUUCUGCAUUGGAACUCUUGGGAACGUAUUCGCUUUCCUUGGUGGAGAUGCUGCAAUUCACAUGUCGGAAGAGAUCCGAAACGCCGCUGUCGUGGUCCCUAGAUCUCUCUUGACAGGUCUUUUGGUAAAUGGAACUCUAGGCUUCGGCAUGUUGAUUGUGACUUUAUACUGCAUGGGAGACAUCGACAAAGCGCUAGCCGAAAACCCUCAAUACCCCUAUAUGUCCAUUUUCAAAAGCGCCACAGGUUCAACUGCUGGAGCCGCAGUGAUGGCGGCGAUCGUCAUAGUUAUGGCCUUCAGCGCUACAACUGGAUGUCUUGCAUCCACCUCACGAGUAUACUUCGCUUUUGCUCGUGAUCGUGGGCUCCCGGGCUGGAGAAUAUUGAAAAGGGUCAACCCUCGAACAGGCAUCCCGAUCUAUUCCGUUAUCACAACUGCCGUCAUUGCGGUUAUCCUUUCCCUCGUCAAUAUUGGAGACUCCACCGCUUUCAACGGUGUGAUUUCGAUCUCAACUGCCGGUUUAUUUGGAUCUUACCUCAUUGCAGCCUCGUUGCUGCUUUACAGGCGGGUCACCGGGGGUAUCGGUGUAGCGAACGACAACGACGUACUAACCAACACCGUCGGUUCAAGCCUGACUUGGGGUCCUUGGCGACUUCAUGGAGCAUUCGGAAUUGCGAAUAACAUUUUCAGCUGCAUCUACCUCGUGUUCAUCUUCUUUUUCAGCUUCUGGCCGCCGGCCCUAGAAGUAACACCAGAGACCAUGAACUGGGCUGUGUUGGUAUUUGGCACCGUCAUCUUGUUUAGUGUGCUCUAUUACGCUGUGUGGGCUAGGAAGGUGUAUUCUGGACCGAUUAUCGAGUCUAUCCCAUACCCAGGGAGUCCAAGACCCCCGUCUUGAUGAGUAUCAUCUACCUAAUUAUAGAACCCAGAAAAAUAUGAAUAUAGGUACUUAAUACCACAGAAAGGUAUUCCUUCUGCCAGGUGUACGCAGGUGCCGACAUACGGAAGAAUUGGCCAUCAAGAUAAGAAAGAUCACCACCCUAACCCUGUAACUUACCUAGGUAUAUUUCAUGUAAAAUCUUAUCAACUACCAAUUCCGAAGCGCUCGGGAACAGAAUGCGCAGGAGCAUUAAAGGGGGAAAGGGGUUGGUAUGUUCCAGUAGGCACCUAACCAACAACUGAUGAAUUGCGUUGGUUCCUGGGAUUAGAGCCCCUUACAUAACGUGUAGUAUGCCACAAGCAAACUGCAUAGUGAGUCUACAUAAACUUCCGGUCUUUGUCUGGUUUGGCGAGGACGUAGUAAGUCCCUACCUAUAUUCAUACUCCUUGUCUCCCGUCAAUCAUUCCAAGUUUCCAUUUUGCAGAGCUCCCGGAGUAUUAAGAUUGUUUCACAUCUAUACCACAUACUAUAUCUUAAAUUGUUCGCGGUUAUGAAGGACUCUCAGAUCCUUGAGCUCAGCG